AUGACUCAACAAUACACAACUUUAUCAGAAAUACCAUUAUCCAAAUCAUCCGUUGAACAUGCGUCAUUCUCUUACUGGUAUAAACUGUUUCAAAAACAUAUUCCUACCUCUAGAAUAAUUAGCCCUUUACCGGAUGAAUUUAUCCAAUACUUAGAACAAGAUGGAAUCAAGCUACCUGUUGAAAAAAAUUCCUCUUCCUACUAUACUGAUAAGAUCCAGAGAAAUGAAGACAAUGAGUAUAGUGAUUGGGAUAACUCAGAUGAUGAAGAAAAUACUAGAAAAUAUAAACAACCUAUAGACCCGCUGACUCAUUUUCCAGAAUUACAUCAAAGGAUUAAAGAUAUCAUCGAUGAGAUUGGGCCUGUUACCCCAAAAUUAAAUUGGUCAGCUCCUAGAGAUGCUACUUGGAUACUUCCCAAUAAUAACAUGAAAUGUAAUGAAGUUAAUGAGAUUUAUUUACUUCUAAACGCCUCAAACUACAUUGCCUAUGACUUAGAACAUGCGUUUGAUGACUGUAUUGAUAAAGAUCAAAUUACACCCACAAAACCUUCAUAUGAACUAGUUUUAAGACAAUGGUUUAAUAUAAAUCCUGCUUUAGAAUUUAGAAUAUUCGUUAAAAAUCAAAGAGUAAUCGGUGUUUCUCAGCGUGAUUUAAAUUACUACGAUUAUUUAGAAGCCCUAUCAGAUACCUUUAAAGAUACUAUUGAUGAAUUUAUAGAGGAUGAAGUUAUACUACUGUACCCUGAACAAGAUUUUGUCAUUGAUUUAUAUAUUCCAAGACCCUUUAAAAAAGCAUUUAUUAUUGAUAUUAAUACUUUUUCCAGGUCAACAGAUCCUUUGAUGUUUUCUUGGAAUGAGCUAGUUACAAUGGAUUUGGAUAUUGACAAUGAACGUGAUUACGAAUUAAGAUUAGUAAAAAGAAAUAAUGUCGCAAGAUUUGCUUCCAAGGAACAUUCAGAAAACCAAGUACCCAAAGAUGUAGUCGAUGCUAGUUUAGAUCCAAAUGUUAUUAAGGAGCUAGCAUCAAAAUGGAAAGAAUUAUUAUCUCAACAAGAAGCAGAUACCGAUUCAGACAGUGAUUCGGCAGAAGAGUAG